GGAGACACUAACAACUACGGUGAAAAAAAUUGCAGUCGGUUGACACACUUGGUUCACAUUUUAUUCGUGCUGUGCGUGUGUGUGCGCGGGACCACGCCGCCGCUCGACACGCGUUUAAAGGGACAUUUUUGGCACUUUAUGGGAAUUAUUAUGUACCAAAGAAGAGCCUGAAGCGUCCUCCUCUUCUCUUCCAGUUCCCAGGGACAUGAAACUCACUCCCCAGCAAGCUCCGCUGUAUGGCCGCUGCGUGAUCACAGUGCAGCUCACCGAUGAAGAGCUGGCCGUGGAUGAGGAGGGCGCCGCCAACGCCGCCACCGCAGAUUACUUCCUGUUGUUUGCUGGCAGCACGCAGAGGCACCUGAGCAGCACCUUGAGGAGUGGCCAUGACACCCUGCAGGCACUGUGUCCCGCUCACGGCUGUUGCGAGGAGGUUUCCGUCACCCUGUGUGCCGUCACUCACGGCGAGCCCGAGGCUUCCGAUGAGCUGGCGACGCUACCGUCUCACGUUGCCACUUUAGCGGAGCAUCGCUUCACCUUCGUUCAGGACUUGGCUUUUGACAUGGCCCAAUUUCUAGUUAGCACGGUGGGCCGCACAGAUGGCCUCGACGGGGCGCUGCUCCUGGAUGAGUGUCAUAUUCCCCUGCUAGAGUGCGAGCGUCUGGACGAGAGUCUUGCCUUGGCCCUCCACCAUAUCCCACUGCCGCCGGGAUGGAAUUUGCUAGGCAACCAAAGCUCUGGCAGCGUUGAUCAGCAUCCACGCGAGACCCUGCUGCAUUUUUCAGCCAGGCGAGGCUUAGUCCGCGUCACGCGCUUCCUGCUGUGGCAGCCCGGGGCGAGGGACGCGGCGCGGCUGCUGAAUAAGCAGGGCCACACGCCCGCUGCCAUUGCAGCGCUCCGGGGUCACGCCAGCCUCCAGCAGCUCCUUGCACAGGCUGAGGCAGACGCCGAGUCGGACCGAGGGCCCCAGCUAGUUCAUCCGGUGCUGACGGACGCCCGUGUGGUUUGCCACCACUCCGGCUUGCACGCCCUGACGCAAAGCGUGUACCCGGGCCACGACCCGCCGAGCCUUGGCCGGACUGUGGAGCAGCUGCUGCAUUUGACGAGUCAUCUCCACGCCAAGAGAGUGUCUGUGCUGGAGCUGCGCUCGGACUGUCUGCAUACGGCCGCCGAGUGCCGCGAGUGUGUCGAGCCGGAGACUGCGAGCUGCCCACAAACAAACACGCCAGAAGACCGAGUUGGAAACGGCGCUAGUGUCACUUACGGAUAUGUCAGCGAGGAAGACGGAAGCGUGUCUGUAGUACACCCUGGGGAGCAUGGCCUCAGCCCCCCUGAGGAUUGGGUGUGUCUUCAGUCUGAGAGGGCAGAUGGAAGGAAACAGCCCGACACCACACAGAACUUGAGUUUGUACGAAAGUCAAGAACCGAGGAGCUCGCUGCCUGUGGAAAACCUUCAACUGGCAGGGUGGGGUGAGCAGGAAACUGAUAAAGGAGGAGAAGGACGGGAGGCCACAGUGGGAGAGGACUUAUCUGGGAAGGAAGUAAACGGAGUAUCUGAGAGCACAGGGGAGAAGAGCAGUGGAGGUUUAGUCAUCAUGGGCCAGUUGCCGUCAUCUGACGCACCAGUCCAGGAGUGUCAGCGGGAUGGCUUCGGCUUGGACCUUUGCCAAGGAAACUCCUUAGCCGAGGAGGAAGUUGAGAGCACGACUUUUGUGCAAAAGGACCUCCCACCUCCGGCAGGCUGUGAUGAUGUAACCCUCGAAUCAGAUGUUCCGCCUCCCGGAGACGGAGAACCUCCGCCAGAUGUAAACAGCUCGGAACAAAACCAGGAAACAGCUGGUCAGGAUCAUGUGGAAGAGUGGCAGCAAGACCCUGAUCAGCAGACUUCUUGUCAGGAGUUUAAUGUGACACAGGAUGCCGACGUCUCUGUAUCACCUGUUGAGGAAUAUCCAGAGGAGACUGAGUGCUCACCUGAGAAGAUAGUCAAAUCCGACAUCGAUCCCAAUUUGGGUUUAACCCAUGGACUGUCCAGUGACGACGACGUCAGCUUUCAGUCGGUUGGAAGCUGUGCGACAGACAUCCUCCACCCCACUGAGGAAAGUACCCACUUGGAGGAGCAGCAGCAGCCAACUGAGGGAUUCGCCGGAGAGAAAGUGGACCAAAACAUGCAUUUGCAGACAUCAGCGGAACCCACAGUGAGUUUGGAGGAAACUGACACCACUUUGGAGUCCAGCCUCCACACAGAGGAGCGUUCCGAGGAAUCCGAGGAGACAGGUGCUCCAGAACCUGCUGAGACUGAUCUGUCGCUAAACAGAGAUACUCCAGCAGGGAUGGUGGAAGAGGAAAAUCCCAGCAGCGCUGACCUGAAUGAAGAGGUGCAGGUAAUCAUGUCGAAACACGCCAGGACCAUUUGUGGAGCUGACAAAGCAGAUGAGAAUGACUCUUCCAUGAUCCACCGCGACGGUGAGGCGUCCUUACAGCAGCCACUCGACGCUCAACACUCAGGGUCCUCGCGGUCAUCAACGCUGCCCGCUUUGUCCAGCAGGACGCACAGCAGCAACAGUUGCUCCUCGACCAUACACAAAGACUCGGGCAGCGACAUCGAGAGCUUGCUGAGCGCCGAGGUGGGGUAUGACAGCGUCUUCAUCAAGGUUUGACCCACUACAGUUGAAAACGUAACACCUGCAUGUGCAAAAAGAUAUAAAAAAAAAAAAA